AUAUAUUAUAAUAAAGUAAGAGUAGAUGCAGAUGUGUAGCAAUGAAGAAAAUAUUAACAAUUGUACUCUCAAUUCUUAAUAACCAGCACGGCAGUUCCCCACUAGUCAAUAUCCAAAGAAGGGACACUGAACCGGGAUGAUCUUUAGGCAUUAUUAGUUAAAAAGGCAAAGGCUUGUUUAGCCUUGAGGCAAAGCCUUAAAUUUCACAAGUCAACACCAACCAUUUUUGACGAACCCUCACCCUUUUUAAACACCAACCCUGGAAUUCCCCCUAACAAACCCAAAAAAUAUGAAGGUCCAAGUCUUAGAAACUGCUCUCAUCCGCCCCUCCACCGCACCUUUCACCCACGAUCACACCCUCCCCCUCUCUCACCUAGAUAAUGACCACUCCCUCAACGUCACCUUCCGUUACCUGCGAGCUUACGUCAACAGCGACACCACCGGUCGUGACCCUUUCCAGGUCAUCUCCUCCGCCAUCUCCGCCGCUCUCCACCACUAUUAUCCUCUGGCUGGAUCUCUCGGCCGUUCCAGCAACGGUAGGUAUGAGCUUUUCUGUCGGUUGGACCAAAGCCUACCGCUUGUAAGUGCCAGCGUGGACUGCACAUUGGAGUCUGUAAAUCACCUUGAUGACCCUGAUAUGAAUUCGGUUGAACAGCUGGUUCCCGACCCAAGCCCGGAAGAAACGUUGGUCAACCCCUGUACUUUACAGCUAACGGUGUUCAAAUGUGGUGGGUUUACUCUUGGGGCGGCUAUACACAAUGCUUUAUGCGAUGGGCUUGGUGCGACCCAGUUUUUCUGUAUAGCAGCUGAUUUCGCACGUGGGGUGGACGAAGUAAAAUAUCAGCCGGUUUGGGAUCGAUCCACUCUAUUGGGUCCAAGAAACCCCCCGAAAGUUGAAGCCCCAGUUCUUGAGUUCCUAAGCUUGGAGAAAGGUUUUAAUCCUUACAAACAGUAUAUCGGACAUGUUGAAAGGGAGUGCUUUUAUGUGGAAGAUGAAUGCUUGGACCAGCUCAAGGCUUUGCUUUUUGAACAAAGUGGUCUGGGUUUAACCACUUUUGAAAUCUUAGGUGCAUAUAUUUGGCGAGCCAAGGUGAAAGCCUCAAAGAUUCCAGGCGAGGAGACGGUGAAGUUUUCAUAUUUGAUGAACAUCCGCAAAGUGGUAAAGCCAGCAUUGCCUGCAGGCUACUGGGGCAACGGCUGCGUUGCAAUGUACGCCAAGGUCAGUGCCAAGGACCUAAUCGAGCAACCUUUGUGGAAAACGGCAGAACUGAUCAAGAAGAGCAAAAGCAAUGGCAGUGACGAGUACGUGCGUUCUUUCAUUGACUUACAAGAACUGCACUAUGAAGACGGCAUCACGGCUGGGAAAGGGGUGAGUGGGUUCACUGAUUGGCGACAUUUGGGCCAUUCGGCUGUAGAUUUUGGUUGGGGAGGUCCCACUACAGUGUUGCCACUUUCAACCAAUUUCCUUGGGAGUGUGGAGCCAUGCUUUUUCCUGCCUUAUGCUUCAUCAAAUACAGGGAAGAAUAAAGGAUUUAAAGUGUUGGUGAGCUUGCGUGAGAGUGCCAUAGCUGAUUUUAGAGAAGAGAUGGAGAAAUUUAGUAGGAAAGAAUUUAGUAAACUUUGAGCUGUUUCUAGAUAUCUGAAUCCUGCUAGCAGAGCUGUCUUGUUGCUAAUUUGGCUAAUAAUAAUAAUAAUAAUAAUAAUAAUAAUAAUAAUAAUAAUUUGUUCUUGUUCUAA